AUGGAUACUGUGUCAUGGGUUUCAACAAGAGUGCACACCUUAAAAUUGUCAGACAAAUCGACUGCAAUAUUUCAGACGAAGACAAAUUCCAAUGAGCUGAGUGUUAUUGGCGAAUCUGGUUCUGAAUUUAGAUUAAAUGGUGAGGUUAUUCUUGGGAGUAUAAAUGUUGUUGACUCAAAAUUGACAAUUGACUUUGCAGUAAAUUUAAAAGCGAUUGGUAUUAUGUUACAUGGAAAUUCCGAAAUUUUUAUUUAUGAUGAAGUUACAAUAGAGUCAAACACAAUUUCUUUUGGAGAACAAACUAAGGGUGUUAUUGAUGGGAACACAGCACACUUUAUAUUUUCAAAUUUUGAAAUUAGAGGAAACGCAACGUUUGGUACAAAAAAUCAAAAGAGUGAUCAAGAAGAAGUUGAACAACAAGAUUUGAAUGAAAAGACGAUAUUAUUUGAUGGUAAUUUGCUUCUUAAAGACACUGCGGUUCUUGGCGUUGGCAUCAACUCUAAAAUUGAUGCAACACAACCAAUCACACUUUUUGGAGAGUCAAAACUUAUAUUAAUGGGAAGCUUUACAUCAAAAGUGUCAAAAAGUAGAGAUGAAUCAUUCGACGUUUUGUUUUACAAUUCUUCAACACUUGAGUGUUCUGGGCUGUCACUCAUUCGCGUGGCUAAUACUAUUUUGGUGACAAACAACGCAAUUGUCGUUUUCACAGGCAAGACACAAUUUUCAUCAGGAAAAUUGUUACUAGCAGAAACAGCCCAACUCGUCUUUUCGAAUUUCUCUGUUUCCACAUUAACAACACUUUUUGUCACAACAGACACAGCAAACGUCGACUUUUACUCUGAUUCUGAAGUUGUUUUCAACAACAUUAAAGAAACGGUGACAUUUGACUAUUGUGUGCUCUCGUUUCAUGAUCUAUCCGAUGUGACAUUUUGGCCAAAUUCUCACGUGAAAGUGCAUUCUUGUUCCAAUGAUUAUGUUCUUGAGUCAAUUGUAGAGUCUGGUGCAUACAUAUACCUCUUUGGUGAUUUUAUAAAUGAGGACAAUUGUAACAGUGAAAUUGAUAGUAUUGAGUUGUAUAGAGAGUGUUUUGCUGUUGUAGUUUUAGAUGCAUUAAUUACAGUGUCACAUCCUUCUAUACUCGAACCUCCUAUUUUUAAUGUAUUAGAAGGGAAUACACAAGUGUAUGACGACUCCUUUCAGGCAGAUGGAUGUUUUGACUUGUUUGGAUAUAUUUAUUCAUAUGAAUUGGACGAGACAGAAACAUCAAAACUUGUUGCGAAUGGAACAAUUCAAAGGAUAUGCCCUAACACAUCAGAACCUUUUAAUUACACAGCGUUUUGCUUUAUGAAUGGAACCAACUUCGUCCCAUGGUAUGACCGUGGGAUGACAGACUACCCAUUUACUGCGCCAAACUGUCCAUACCCGUCAUAUGAAGACGGACAUCUUUUAAUUAUUCCCAAGAACAAUCAAAUGCGAAUUGAAGGUAUUCCAAACUGGCCAAUGUUUAUUGAUAUUGUUGGGGACAAUCCCGUAGAUGUCAUUGCAGACACAAGUAAAAAUGGAAACGAAAUUUUUUUGUAUGGCAAUUUUAGACUGACAGGAGAAGAAGGUAUAUAUACAGCACAAAUACCCAAGUGUUCCGAACUAACAGAGAAAUUUGUUUACUUUGGGAAUUGGACGAGAUACUUCCUGACGUGCAAGGACUAUCCAAUGAUCGACGUUGACAGUGGGAUCGAUACACUUGAUGUAGGAUUGGGUAAGGCUCAGUUUCGGGUUCUUGGGCUUUCAAACAUGCCACUUGUAAUAUAUUCCUUAGUGUCUGAGGAUUACACUUUAAUGUCUCCAGAAAUUACAGACGUUGGAGUUCUCGUGAUGAGUCGGACUUAUUUUAAUUACACGUAUUUGCCUAAAGGAGAAAAUGCUUUCGCACCAAAAAUAAACAAAAACUCAAUUCAAAACACAAUAAAAACCUCAAAUUUAAAUGGAAAAGAAACACAAAGGAGUUACAUCGGUUGGGGAAUAUCAAAAAGACCAAAUUAUGUUCAAGUUGAAAAAAGACAGCGAAUAAAACUUGCCGAAUUAAGUAAAUAUAAACAAAACACUGGACAUAAUUUGCUUCAAAAUUAUAAGAAUGUUAAGAAAAUAAAAAUUCAGAACAUUAUUGAGAAAGAAAUAAACGAAAAACAAGACACGACAAAAAUAAACACAUCAAAAGAAAAGAAGUUGUACAAAACCGAAGUUUCUGGUGAUAACAAUUUAAAAGAACAAACCAAAGCAAGAACAAAUGGAAAACAAUUGCUUAAUAAAAAGCAAAACGAAUUGUUUAAAUAUUCUGAAUAUGUGUAUUUUGUUGAUAAUACAAUGCAUUCAAAACAUUCAUCAGGUGGGAAGCACAUCUCCCAUAAAUUCUACAAAGGCAACAGUGAGUAUUCGAAAUGUGGUGACAAUACAGAGGAUUGUGUGAAUGCUACAUAUGCAAUUAACUGUGCAAAGAAUUAUUUCAUGCUGAAAAUGGGUGUUUGUCUUUUUGGGGAGCAGAGCAAGUGUCGUGGCAUUCUUGGGGGAAUCUGUCUUAAAACGACUGGAUACUUUGAUUACAAAAACGGUGAGCAAGUCCAAUGCGAUGCGACAUGUUUGACUUGCAACAAAGAGAGUUGUGAAAUCUGCGCAGAUGGAAAAACACUCAUUGAUGGAAAAUGUGAAGACGCAUCGACGGGGAAAGGGUAUUUAGCAACAACAAAUGGAGUCAUUGCUUGUUCAGAUGGUUAUUUUGAUGAGAACAAGUCUUGUAAAAUAUGUUCAGAGAAAUACACAAAUUGUGAAAUGUGUGAUAAAAAGAAGUGUAUAAAAUGUAAGCUAAAUUAUAUAGUAAAUAUCACGGGAAAUUGUGAAGCGACACAUUGUGCGGUGUUGAAUAAGAAUGUGUGUAUGAGUUGUGAAAAUGGGUAUGUUAUGUCAUCAGAAGGGAAAUGUUUUAUGCCAAUUGAUAAUUGCUUGUUCUAUCAAAAUAGUAUUUGUUUGGAGUGUUUGAAACCAAAGAAAUUAUUUAAUGGGAAUUGUGUUGAUGUAAUACCAAAUAUUGAUGAAGAUAGUUGUCUUGAGUACAGUGAAGUUGGCUGUCUUCAAUGCAAAGAUGGGUUUUAUACCGAAAACACCAAGUGUGUACGAUGUAAUGUGAAGUGUAAGCAGUGCACUGGCAAUGCCGAGAAGUGCCAGGAUUGUAUUGCAGGGACUGUGCUGCAGAACGGGAAGUGUUUGACAAUCUUUGAGUUGGAGGGUAUCUGUAAACAGUUUAACCCAAGUGGCAGUUGUAUCUCAUGUGUGGAUGGUUACUAUGUAGAUGAUUCAACUUGCUCUAAAUGUUCUCCCAAUUGCAAAGUGUGUACAAACAGUGAAUCAUGUGAUUUGUGUGAGACUUCGUACUUUAAAAACGAGUCGAGUCACUGCGAGAGUGUGUCUGAAUUGGUUGGUUGCAAGCAGACCAAUGAAAAUGGAUGUUAUUUAUGUGAGAACAACUAUUUCUUGUCGUCUUGGCGGUGUGAAACAUGCUCGCAGAAUUGUAAAAUGUGCAAUUCAAAGACGACAUGUGAAGAAUGUUUAAACAAUUGGGAAUUAAAAAAUAAUCAAUGUGUUGAACGGCUUGCAAUUGAUAAUUGUAAGUCUGUUAUUAAUUCAUACUGCACAAAAUGUAAUAUGUGGCACGCACUCUCACAUGAUAAAACAGCGUGCAAACCGGAGCUUUACAAGCGAACUAUCACAAUAGUUGUUUGUUGUGUGAUUGUUGUAAUAAUUAUUGCAGCAUUUCUUAUGGUAGUUAUUGGCAGAAAGAUAAUCAAGAGCCGACUCCGUGCAAAGGAGCGCAAGGAAAAGGGUGUCAUUUCAAUGUCCGAAAACAGUGUUUUGCUUACCCCGUUUGGAGAGGGUCUUUCUAUCUCCCAAAAACAAAUUUCAUAUGUUGAUCAAGUCGAAGUAAACAAAGAAACAGUGAUGAAUAUAGUGCUAGGCAAUGCGACAAACGACACAACAAAACUCCAAAUCACAACAUCUCAAAGUGAGUCGUUAAAAAUUGAGAUUAAGCCUGAUGUUGUUUUAUUACGGAAGGGUGAGUGCUGCACCUUUUCAAUUGCAAUUACUCCUUACUGUUCAGGGGAGUAUACAGGAAACUUGGCUGUUGUUUACUGUUAUCUCAAAAGCGGUGAUGAAAUGACUGAAAUAAUCCCAUAUUCUGCAGAGACUGUACUGUCGACUUGGAUUGACGAGAACUCAAUAAAGAACAUGAAACAGAUUGGAAAAGGUUCGUUUGGUGUUGUCUACAAAGGCAAGUUCAAGGGCAAUAAGGUUGCAGUCAAAAAACUGAACAUCUUGCAGGGCGACUCUGCUUUUGCUGAGUUUGAAAAUGAAGUUGAGAUGCUUGAAAAGAUGAAGAGCAAUUACAUCAUAAAAUUUUUUGGUGCUGUCCACGUUGGCAAUAGUAGAAUGAUUGUUAUGGAAAUGGCUCCACACGGGAGUUUGAGUCGCCUGAUUGAAAAGGUCAAGAGCAAAAAGAUCCCAAAGAAGUUGCGAAUGAAGUUCUGUCUUGACUCGUCAAAGGGAAUAGCUUACCUCCAUCAAAACGGUAUUUUGCAUAGAGACAUCAAGCCGGGUAACAUCCUUAUCACUGCACUCUCCUUCGACGACGAGGUAAACGCCAAACUGAGCGACUUUGGAAGCUCUAGAAAUGUAAAUAGAGCAGCUGCAUUUGACAUGACGUUCACAUGUGGAAUUGGUACACCAAUAUACAUGUCACCAGAGAUAUUAAACAGCGAAAAAUAUCAAUUGCCCGCAGAUAUUUACGCGUUUGCAGUUACUAUAUACGAAACAUCUAUUUGGGGUAAGGCUUAUACAAACAUUAAAUUCGCAUUUCAAAUUGCAAAUCACGUCUGUGAAGGUAAAAGACCAGACCUUUCCACAGUUGAUAAAGACAUCGCAGAUCUUGUACAAUGUAUGUGGAAACAAGACCCAGCAGAAAGAAUCAAAAUAGACAACGUUGUUGAGAGACUCGAAAUUAUUGUAAAUGAAACUCAAAGAGGCACAGAAAAGGAAAUAAACAUUGAUGCACUUUGA